CCAAGAACAACAGAUACAAAUUUUUGGUAUCAUACAUUAUUCAAAGGGAAGGAAACAAACCCUAGUGAAAUCAGAGUUGCGUUUUGGAAGAAGUGAUCAAAUUCAGGGAUCAAUUUCACCUGAUCACAACUUCUCACCUCCAGAAUUCGCUUUAAUUUUGAGGAAAAAGGCUUUGCUAUUUGGGAUUCUGAUGAUGAAAUUUAAGAAAGGGGAUAAGGUGGAGGUUAUGAACAAUGAAGAGAUUCCAGUUUCAUGGCAUGUUGCUGAGGUUUUGUCUGGCGAUCGAAAUAUGUAUUGUGUGAAAUAUGAUAGCUAUCCUGGUAUGUCGAGUGAACGCAAGGUGGAGACAAUUCCAAGGAUGUUUGUAAGGCCGUGCCAGCCAUUGGUGCAAGGUGUCGAGGAUCACGUAGCUGGAGAUGUCGUGGAGACAUUUCACGAAUGUGCCUGGAAGGCUGCUACUAUCCUGAACGUAUUGCAAGGCAAAAGAGGAACUACAAGUAAGAAGACUUCCCUCCGAGCAGCUGCAAUCCAGAAACGGUAUUUGGUAAGGCUGCUUGGGUGCUCCAUGGAAUCUGUUGUUGAUGGAUCAAACAUUAGGAGUAAGCAGACAUGGCACGAAGGCAAAUGGGUUCUGUUUGAAAAGAGUUCUCGAGGAGCUGACGAUGUUACAACUAGCAAACCAUCAACUUCGGUUUGUCAUCAGAAUGUGAACUUCAAGAUCCCUCUACCAAAACCAAGGGCUAAGAAGACACCUGCAAAUAAUUGCAUCAAUAUUUUGGACGAGUCUCGGUUUAUGGAAUCUCAUCAUGAUUCAAGGUCGCUAAAGAGGAUUUCCCCUUAUGGCUCUUCUACCAAUGAUACACAUGACAGGCCUAGCCAAAAGUUACGAGCAAUUGAGAAAGAUGUGAGGAAACAAAGACUGGCUGCUGCCCCAGUGUUCGAAAAGGCAGGUUCUGUUUCUUACCCAAGAAAGAUUUUAGGUGAGAAAAACAUACAUGCUUCCCUCAAAAUUAUACCGAGUGCAUUCAGUCAAAUGGUGAAGGUGAAAGUGAAUGAUGUUCCUGGAAUCAGACAUACGCAAUCGAAUAGUUCAUACAGUGAUGCCUCCUCUGUGGGUAGUUGUAGUAUUACUGAUCGGAGUCCAAGCAACUUUGACAUGCCUUCUAUCUACCUAGUUUCUCGAGAAACAGACACCGUUGAUAGUGAUGCUGAGUCUAGUAAUGGUUCAGGAUUUGAGAGGAAAAGUAGCUCUCAUCCUCCACGAGAGGAAGUAGGAUCCAGUAUCCGUAGGUUAGAGUUGCAAGCUUAUCGCAGAACUCUAGAAGCUCUUUACGCCUCAGGUCCCUUAAGUUGGGAUCAGGAAUCAAUGUUGACAAAUCUUCGUAUCAUGCUCCAUAUUUCAAAUGAUGAACAUUUGACGGAGCUGAAGUACCUAAUAUCUGCUAAAACUGCUGGGCAAGUUGGAGGCAUGCUUGAUUUGCUAAAAGCUGAUUCCGUGAUUUGCACGACGAUACAGUCGUCGAAACUGUUGUUCUCCUGGCCUUGGUACCCAGCAGUUUGUCUAUAUUAUUGUUUCAUUAUAACUGUAUGUAUUUUGCUGAGGAUAUUUUUGCAGGAUCCAUUCCCAGGUACUACAAUACAAGGUUUAAGGUCACUCUCUUGUUUUUUACAUCCUAAUUUUGUGGCAUGUACUUUUCAUUUUCCUGGGUGCUUAAAAUUGGUUUUAUUUCUUCAACAUUUUGGUUAAUGCAACAAAUAUACACGGUCACAUUUUGAUAUCAGAAAUGUAUAUUAUAGGAAUGGA